UUGCAGAGCUGGAGCCAUCUCUAUCCGUCACUGAGCAAAACCUGGCAGACCGAGUUCAUCCUGCGCUUCAACAUAUUUGGUGACGCCGAACGCGAACGACUACGACGUGAGGCUGUUCCCUCAUCGAAUGGAAAUGCUACGGCCGGGAAUGCGGCGCCACUAGAUGCGCAGCAAACUGCAUAUGUGGAUGCUGCCGUCAAUAUUCCAUUUGUGGUUAAUUCAGACGAUGAUGGAAUAGUCUCCUACGAACUAGAGAAAAUGAGGAGCAUAUUGGAGGAGUCGAUGUUGGUAACGCGUAGCAUGCCUCUCGAAAAUAGACCGCGACUUCCCCGCAUACCCCAUAGCAAGCAAAAUAGGGCUGUAGUGCGGGCUCUUAACCCAAUGCUGGUGACCCAUUUGGAAGAGAGGACUUAA